AUGUUAACAUCAACGGUAAUGGAUCUUGAUGAGCUGAAGGACGAAUUUCGACAACGAUUUAAUUGUCGUGCGAAAUAUAUUGUUCGUUGUCCAGGACGAGUGAAUUUAAUUGGUGAACAUAUUGAUUACAGUGGCUAUGGUGUAUUACCAAUGGCAAUUAGCGCCUCAACAUUUAUCUUAGCUUCACUUCAUGAUGCUAAUGAAAUUGUUUUCCAAAACAUCAAUACAACAUUCAAAGCGCACACAUAUAAAUUUUGCGAUAAUUGGAUUGGUAGUGAGAAACCUGAAUGGUUUCAUUAUUUUUUAUGCGGUUGGAAAGGUGUAUUAAGACGUUUGAAUGUGUUACCGAAAGGCAUGAAUGUAUUAGUUCAUGGUACCAUACCGACAGCUGCUGGUCUUUCUAGUUCUAGUGCUGUUGUAUGCGCUGCAGCGCUGAUAACACUUGCGCUGUAUACGGGGCGAGCUUUUGAUGUUAUCAGUAAGACAGAAUUUGCUGAAUUGUGUGCUGAAAUGGAGCGAUACGUCGGUGUGGAAGGUGGUGGUAUGGACCAAGCAAUCGAAGUUUUAGCUAAUGAAGGUUCUGCAAUGCUCAUUAACUUCAACCCGCUCAGAUUUUCACCAGUUACGCUUCCCGAAAAUGCUCUUUUCGCUGUGAUUCAUUCCGGAGAGGCAUUUAAUAAGGCAGCUGCUUCGCAAUACAAUGAACGUGUUGUAGAAUGUCGUCUAGCAGCUCAGAUUAUAGCAAAAAUCUGUGAACUGGAAAGCUGGAAAGAAAUCCGGACAUUGGGUGAAGUUGCACAUCAGUUGAGGAAGACUGCUCAGGAAAUGAUUGCCGUAGCAGAGGAAGUACUCUCUAGUCGUGUUUACACCAAGGAUGAUGCACUCAGCUUGUUAGGCAUAUCGAAUGCAAAUUUCAACGAAACAGUUCUUUCGGCGAACACUCAACACAUGAAAAUAUUUAAAUUAGCGCAAAGAGCAAAACAUGUUUACACGGAAGCUGAUCGAGUUCGUUUAUUUCAUGAAGCAUGUAAAAGUGGUAAUGUGAAAGAGAUGGGAAAACUGAUGAACGAUAGCCAUACUAGCUGUAAGGAACUAUUCGAAUGUUCCUGUGAUAAAUUGGAUGAAGUGGUGGAAAAUUGUUUACGAAAUGGUGCAUUAGGUGCACGACUUACAGGAGCUGGUUGGGGCGGUUGCGCGGUUGCUCUUUUUGACACCAAACAACCAGAUCUAGAAGUAUUGUUUUGGAGUCGACCUGCUAGUGGUAUACAAUUAAUCAAAUGCGAUUGAAAAGAAGUGUAUUGCAAUGACUGGUUUGGAAUUUGAA